AUGGAAGAAGAUAAUGAACAAUUUGAUGAAGAAGAAACUAUUGGCAAAAAGAAAAAUAAAAAAAAAGUAAAUGGAAAAGUAAAAUCUCAAGUUAAUGAUAAAAAUGAAAGUGAUGAAAAUAAUUCUAAUACAGAUGAUGAAUCUUUAUUAAAAAAUGAUAAAAGAAAAAAAAAAAGUGCAAGAGAAAAAGCAAGUAAAAGUAAGGUAACCCGAAGGGGACGGAGAAAAAGGGAAGAUACAGAACCCGAUGAAGAAGAAGAAGAAGAAGAAGAAGAAACUGAUAAAGUUGAAAAAGAUGAAAACAGUAAUAGUAGUGAAAAUGAGGAAACACAAAAAAGUAAAAAUAAAGAUGAGUUAGAUGAAAAUGAUAGUAAUCAUUCUUCGAGACCUUCAGAACAAGGUGACCAAGAAGAGGAACAAAGUGAUAAUGACGAUAAAGAAAAAAGAAAAAAAGAAAAAUAUAAAAAUUCAAAACAUUAUAGUGAUGAAAGGAAAAGCAACUCAAAUGGAGAUAAAAGCUCUGAUUCAGAAAGUGAACAAGAUGAAAGAAGAAGAAGUAGAAAAAGGGAAGAAAAAUCGGACAGUUAUAAAAAAGAUUAUCAUAAAAAAAGGAGAAGAAAAUCAAACUCAAGUAAUGAUUCCGAUUCAAGUGAUGAUGAUGAAAAACGGUCACAUAAGUCAAGAAGUUUAAAAAAAAGAAGGCACGAGAGGCGAGAAAGGAGGAGACACAGAGAUAGAAGUAGAGAUAGAAGUAGAGACCGAAGCAGAGACAGAAGUAGAGAUCGAAGCAGGGGCAGAAGCAGGGAUAGAUACCGCGAUAGGGAACGUGAGAGGAGACGUGAAAGGGAAAGAGAAAGAAUGCGAAGGGAGAGAGAAAGAGAAAUUGAAAGAGAAAAAAGAAGAGAAGAAAGACGUAAAAAAGAAGAAUUAGAAGAAGCAAAAAGAGAUGAUUUAACAGUAUUAGUAUUAAAUUUAGAUUUAAAAGCAGAUGAAAGAGAUAUAUAUGAAUUUUUUUCAGAAGUUGCAGGAAAAGUUCGUGAUAUACAAUGUAUAAAAGAUCAAAGAUCAGGAAAAUCAAAAGGUGUAGCAUAUGUAGAAUUUUAUACACCAGAAUCUGUUAUAAAAGCAUUAGCAGCUAAUGGCUAUAUGCUAAAAAAUAGACCAAUAAAAGUUCAAUCAUCUCAAGCUGAAAAAAAUAGAGCAGCAAAAGCUAGUAAACAUCACCCAAUAGAUCCUAAUGAUAUUCCAUUAAAAUUAUAUAUAGGAGGAUUAUUAGGUCCUUUAAGUAAUAUAACAGAACAAGAAUUAAAACAAUUAUUUAAUCCUUUUGGAGAUAUAUUAGAAGUAGAAAUACAUAGAGACCCAUAUACCGGUAAAUCAAAAGGUUUUGGGUUCAUUCAAUUUCAUAAAGCUUCAGAAGCUAUUGAAGCUAUGACUGUAAUGAAUGGAAUGGAAGUAGCUGGCCGAGAAAUAAAAGUUAGUUAUGCUCAAGAUUCAAAAUAUUUAUUAGCAAGUGAUGCAUUAAAAGAUUUAAACAUCCCAAAUUUAAAUCAAAUAAAAGCAGCAGCUCAAGGAGGUAGAAAAUCUGGAAAUCAAGAAGAUGAACAAGAUAAUGAAAAAAUUGACAAUGAUGAUGAUGAUGGAGGUGGAUUAAUAACUGGAGCCAGUAGCAAAAUCGCUUUGAUGCAAAAAUUGCAAAGAGAUACAAUAAUUGAUGCUUCGAUGCCAAGUGGAUAUGCCACUGGAUCAAAUACCAUAGCAAGAAACUCAUUAUCUACUAUACCAAACCCUUUAAAUAAUGUAACACCAAACAUUGUUUUAUGUAAUAUGUUUUCACCAAAUGAUAGUAAUAUUGGUUCGGAUCCCGAUUUUUUUAGUGACAUACUUGAAGAUGUAAAGGGAGAAUGUAGUAAAUAUGGGAAUAUUAUUAAAAUAUGGCUAGAUACUAAAAAUAUAGAUGGUAAGAUUUAUAUUAAAUAUACUAAAAAUGAUGAAUCAUUAAAAGCUUUUCAAUGCUUAAAUGGCAGAUAUUUUGGAGGAUCACUCAUAAAUGCAUAUUUUAUUACAAAUGCUAUAUGGGAAUCCACAUGUUCUUAA